AUGUGUCAGGCUAAAAGAGCUUUAGUUGAAUGGAACGUUAACGGUACUUCAGCUCUAUUGAGCCGCAGCACCGCGUCUCGUUAUCACACCAUCUUAGCAAUGCUUCUUUUCUACCCAUAUCUCGUCAGACCCACAGACAAUCAGGAGGAAAUAUCUAAAGCGUCGGGCCCAGCAAAGCUGCACGACGUACUCCACCGAGAACCAGACUCUACCUCCAUACCCUCGAUCAAAAGUCUUACUAGUUAUGUCGAGAAUCAAAUAUACUUUGCCAUUUAG